AUGCACGGUUGCAGCUCCAGAAGAGGGACCUCUAAUGUUGGACCCACUGUUGGCACCCGGAUAGACUUGAAUCUCCACGCGAAGGUGAAGGCGAAUCCUGUGGAUUCCUUGGGGAGUGAGUGCAGAGAUCCUCUUGGAGCUUCAGGUGCCUUGGAUAGGGUGAAAGCCAUACUUCCUGAAUCUUCUGUUCAUUGUCAACAGCAAGAAAGAAUGAAAGACUCUCUGAAGCUAGUGUCAUUUGAUGAUGUGGCUGUGGACUUCAGCUGGGAAGAGUGGCAGUACCUGGACGUUGCUCAGAGGACCCUGUAUAGAGAUGUAAUGCUGGAGAUCUACCGUAACAUUGUGUCCUUGGGGCACUGUGUUCCUAAACCUAACUUGAUCGUCAAACUGGAGCAAGCAGUAGAAACAAGGAUAAGAGAAGCCUCAAGCAAAAAUUUCACAAGUGUUAGCCACGAGGCCGGAGCCCAGCUCUGUGCAGUGGAGCUUGGGAGCUGUAACUUGAAGGAAUCUCAGGCUUUGGAACUAAUGUCAGCCAUGCUUCUAGAAUCUUCUGUUCAUUGUCAGAAGCAAGCAAGCAAGAAAGGAUCUCUGAAGCUGAUGUCAUUUGAUGAUGUGGCUAUAUACUUCACCUGGAAGGAGUGGCAGGAUCUGGAUCCUGGUCAGAAGACCCUUCAUAGAGAUGUAAUGCUGGAGACCUAUAGCAACCUCAUGUCCUUGGGAUGUCUGAGACCUUAUCGCAAUGAUGACCCAGCAAGAGCAAUAGUUCUCCACUAUUUGUUAAUCAUAAGGCACAGUGUUCCUAAACCUAAAUUGAUUGUCAAGCUGGAGCAAGGUGCAGAAACAUGGAUAAGAGAAGGCUCAGACAAGAAUUUCAAAGAUAUCCAAGAAAUGGAGGAUAUGAUUUCCACUUGUCAGGAAAGUCACAAUGUAUAUCUAUCUGAAGUAGCAAUCAUGAAAAGUAACCCAGGGGAGGAAAAAGUGAGAUUUAUAAAAACUUUUAUUUUGAGCUCCAUACAGAAGUCAGAACUGAUUAAGAAUAAUGGGAACUCCUUAGGGAUGAGAACAGAAAAGGUCACUGUGUGUCAGAACAUGGGUGUCUACAAUGAUCCUAGUAAGAUAAGGCAAAUCUUACUGUCUACCAGGGAACACAUACAAGAGAGAAAUCUUAUGAAUGUAACGUGUCGAAAGUCUUUCAUCAAGAAGAUACAACUUACUGUCCACGAGAGAACACUGACAGGAAAGAAAACUUAUGAAUGUAAUGUGUGUAGAAAGUCUUUCACACAGAAGUCAAACCUUUCUGUCCACAAGAGAAUACACACAGGAAACAAGCCAUAUGAAUGUAACAUGUGUGGAAAGUCUUUGAUCUCAAAGGCAACCUUCACUCUCCACCAGAGAACACACACAGGAGAGAAACCUUAUGAAUGUAACAUUUGUGGAAAGUCUUUCAGCCAGAAGUCAAAACUUGCUGGCCACCAGAGUACACACACAAGAGAGAAAUCUUUUGAUUGUAACAUGUGUGGAAAGUCUUUCACCUGGAAGACAAGCCUCACUGUUCAUCAGAGAACACACACAGGAAACAAAACUUAUGAAUGUAAAUGUGGAAAGUCUUUCACCCAGAAGCUACACCUUACUUUCCACCAGAGAACACAUACAGGAGAGAAAUCUUAUGAAUGUAACAUGUGUGGAAAAUCUUUCAUUAACAAGCCAAAGCUUACUCUCCACCAGAGAACACACACAGGAGAGAAACCUCAUGAAUGUAACAGAAAAGUUAUCAUUCCUGUGUAA